AGGUGAACACCAGCCGUUGAUUACGGUGUAAAUGGACCAUGGGGAAGGACCAGGAGCUGCUAGAGGCAGCGAGAAGCGGAAAUGUCACCGUGGUCGAGAAGAUUUUGGGUCAACGAGCGAAGAGGAGUGGUCCACUGGCAAGCCUGCGGCGGGGUCCGGGGGCUAACGUGCAAGACCCUAGUGGAUAUUCCGCCCUUCAUCACGCAGCUUUAAAUGGACACAAGGAGGUGGUAAAGUUAUUGCUCCAAUAUGAGGCUUCCACUAACGUCGUCGAUACUAAAGGCUCUUCGCCGCUUCAUUUGGCAGCUUGGGCGGGCGACGCUGAAAUCGUGCGGUUAAUUCUUACCCAAGGACCUUCGGUACCCAAAGUGAAUCUUACGACGAAGGACAACGAGACAGCGUUGCACUGUGCUGCACAGUAUGGGCACACGGAAGUGGUGGCACAGCUGUUGCAAUACGGAUGCGACCCCAGUAUCCGCAACAGCCGUGGAGAAUCUGCGCUCGAUCUCGCUGCACAAUAUGGCAGACUGGAAACCGUGCAAUUACUCGUCAGCACGUACCCAGAGCUGAUCGUGCCUCUUCGGAACUCUUCCUCGUCGGUGAUCUUUCCGCACACUCCUCUGCAUUUGGCUUCGCGAAAUGGUCACAGAGCCGUCGUGGAGGUGCUGCUUGCCGCAGGCGUGGAUGUCAACACGAGGACAUCCGCGGGUACCGCGAUGCACGAGGCGGCGCUCUGCGGGAAAAUGGAAGUGGUGAGGACCCUUCUGGAUCGAGGAAUCGACUUGGCCAUUCGAGACUCGCGGCAAAACACGGUGCUCGAUCUUCUGGGGCAGUUCCCGCCGCACGUCACACAGGACAUCACGGCGGUGAUCAAAAGGCACAGGUCUUCCUCAGGCGUGGAGAGCGACGCCGACAGUGAAAACUUGCCACCGAUUCCGGUCCAGGGUGGCGAUUCGUUGGGCAGCCCUUACGAGAACGUGCGCCCGGGGGAUGAUCUUUCCCCGGCGGAAGGGACGUCGCCCACUCAAUGGCAGUUCUAUCAUAAGCCUCGGGACGACGAUCGCCGCGUUUCCGGCACUUCCGUUACGUCUUUUGGAAACGGCCAGAUGGGACCAGUAAACGGAGUACGGAGGACCCUCCAGCAGACAGAGGACUCUGACCCCAGUUCCAUCUACGACAGCGUCUUUAUGUCCAUGUCCGACACUCUCAACUCGAUAAAUACUCUCGAAAGUUCCGAUCAAACUCCCGACGACAAACCACAAAACAUUACCACCAACAGAAUACCGUUACCACAGCGCGACACCACACGGGGUUCCGACAACGGAUUGUACCAAACGCCACCGGUACCUCGAGGAACAAUGGAGGGUAGCUUCGUGUCGGAGGAUCUGUCCUUGACAUUACCCACGGGAUACGGGGGUGGCAGGGAGUCGGACCAAUUGAGCGUCUCCUCGUCCUCGAGCGUCGGUGGACCGAGCCCACGGGACCGGCAUUGUUUGCCCAACGAUUCCAGCGCCGCCGGGAUUUACUUGCCAAUGGCACCCUUGUCCAGUUCUCUCCACAGUCCCGCCUCUAACAAUAAAGUCUCGCCUACGCCGCCGAAGAAACCGCCCAGACGCAACCUGUCCGUGUCCCCGACGCACCUGCAGACCCAGAUGUCAUUGUCGGCGGAUUGCUCGGUGGGUCCACCGUACGAGUACUUGUUCAUGGCGCGAAGCGGUGCCCGCAGCCACAUCGAUCUCGAGCAGCUGCAAAAACGUCGGGAACAAUUGCGUCACGUAACCAGGAGCGUGGACCAAUACGUGGAGAUGAAGUCGCGGGUGCCGGACGGCGAGGAAAGACGCGAUCCGAACGUGGAGCCUGUCGCCAUCACGUCCAUCUACGAGAACAGGCCGAUCAAGACGUUGAACCCGCGACGAAAACUGCGCAGACACGCUUUCGAGAAUUACGAGCCGGGGAGUAGCCCCUGCACCGACAGAUCCCCGUGCAGCGAGAUCGAUUCGCUGGGCCAGGAGCAGACGUUCGUGUCGAACGCCUUUCUCACCCUGAAGUCGUCCCAGGAGAGCCUCCUGGACGAGAAACGCGACACGAACGACGAGCACUCGGCCACCGAGGGUCGCGAGGCGACGGACAAGCGCCUGAAACGAGUACAAAUGAUGCUGCCCACGAGUCCCACUCACUACGUCCAGCCGCCGACGCCAGAUCACCCCCCGCCGUCGGCGAUGCAAGCGGAGAAGUUCAUCCACGAGAGGAUUCGCCCGUUGAGUCAGGUAUACAAACGGAGGUCCCGCGACAUGGAAACGGAAACGGACGAGGAUUUAUUGCAGUUUCCAGCCGGUGGCUCCCUAGACGCGUCCAGUGGCUCGUUGUCGAGCGUCUCUCUGUCGGACAAGAGCAUGUCGACGGACAACGUCGAGGAGUACUUCGGAGAUGUGCCGUUCGCAGGUUUGUUAAAAGGAUCCAUGACGGCCGAACGACCGCGUACGCUGCGUCGUUUGCGGAACGUUUACGGGCCGGCUGCAUGCGGAAUGGGAACCGGGGGCGAGGUUGGAGGCGGAGAACGUAUCGAUGACGGAGAGGUCCCGUUUCGAUUAUCCGAUCGCGAUCGUGAAAGGGACGAGAAGUCCCUUAGUAUAAUGAGCCCCUUCGACGAGCAGGAGGAAUGGGCAAAGAUUUCCGAGAUCAUGGCGUCCAUCGGGACAGGCCUCGUCAGGGAGUCCGUUUUCGUCACCGAGCUCGAGAAGGAGUUCCAAACGAGACUAGGUCUGAGUUCGGACACCAGCAGCAGCCCCAUUGUCUCCACUUCCGUCGGUCAGUGGCUGUCAACGUUGGGUUUGGCGGAUUACGAGACUCUCUUCGUCAACUCUGGCUUCGACGAUCUGGACUUCAUCAACGGAGUACUAGACGAGGCCGACCUAAAGGACAUGGAGAUCAGCAGCGACCAGGAGCGCGCCGUGAUCAUGGACGCCGUAGGUCUACUGAAUAAACGCGUGGAGAAACGAUCCAGUAGCACUGGGCAAUCGGUGGACGAGUGGUUGAAGAGCAUUCACCUGGAGAAUUACGCGGAGACGUUCAGGAAACACUUGUACACGGACAUGGAUCGUGUGAGACGCGUGUGGGAGGACGAACUGGCGACCGUGUUGGAAAUCCAAAAACCAGCGCACAGAAAGAGGAUCCUCGCGUCGCUCAACAGCUCCAACGCUCGUGCACAGAAUCGCAAUUGUGCUGGGCCCAACCUGGAGGACCUCAACAAGGACCUGAACACCUUGAAGACGAACAUUCAGCAGCUGAAGGAGGAGAUAAGAGAAAAACUGCCUGAGACAACGACGGAGGUUACUGUCGUGCCGCCACCGAUAGUUGGAACGAAUUCGACUAGUACUGGCACGGGAACGUUAAGGCAUCGCAAAAACAGACCAGCCCCUCAGCCACCACAGCGACCCAGUUCGCAUAAUGGGGCGAUAUCAGCCCCGGAACAGCUGGAGAUCAGGGCGCCGUCGGAGUUGCUGUUUGGCGUUCCGUCCACCCUGAAGACGCAAUGGAGGCACCAGCCAAGAGCUCUAGUCACGGGAUGCGUUACGUACGUCGCCAACUAUCUGGGCUCAACCGUUGUGAAGGAGUUACGUGGCACAGAAUCAACCAAGAUGUCGAUACAGAAGCUGAAGAAAACCUGCCGCGAGCCUAGAGUCACUCCUGACAUCACACUGGCGAUUUCUUAUCGUGGCGUUCGCUUCCUGAACACAGUAACGAAUGAGCCAAUUUGCGAACACGAAAUUCGCAACAUCCACUGCGCUUGUCAGGACGCCGACGAUCUUACCCAUUUUGCGUACAUCACUAAGGACCAUGCCAGCAGUACGCAUUUCUGUCACGUCUUUUGCGUGCCAACUAUGGACCAAGCAACCGAGGUGAUCCUGACUCUGGGCCAAGCGUUCGAAGUUGCCUAUCAGAUGGCCCUCCGAGACAAGCCAGGUCACACGGUUCGAUCUCAGUCCGCCAAUCAAUUAACAGCGUUCACCACGAAAUCAGCCGCGACAGCGAAGAUGUCCGUGUCGCCUGAUUCCGCGCCAGACGUCACUCGCGAUCACGAUCACCCUCCAGUGCCCGUUCCAAGCUUGUACUCGACGUGUUCCAACGCCAAACCGAAGCCACGGUCCAAGUCGUCUGCUCCAAUUCCCGUGGUUCAACCCGUGGUCCUCAGUCUUCCUUUGGACGCGAACUCCAACUCCAGUUCCAGCUCCAGCACCGCGAACUGCGCGGGCCCGAAUACGGUCACCAGCCCUAGCGUAAACUCCGUCAACAGUUCGAACUCCAACACCAGCACCAACCAAACAGCCAAGCCUCUGGUAACACACGGUCGUUCCCAUUCCGUCAACGACAUCAAGCUGAACGGUAACCAGCUGAAGCUGGCCCCAGUGCCCGUCGACGACAUUGGCAUUGGCGUGAAGGACAUGAAGCCAGGCUCCAGAGCACCCAUCGCUUUAUCAGAGGAACUCUAGGUCCUAGGAUUUCGUGAGAUCCGUGGAAAUCACCUGGUCGUCUAGGGAAAGGGUGCGACUAGUUCCCCGAGGUCACGAGGCGCGAUCAUUGCGACGUCUAAGUCGCAGUUGGCUUAGACGAUCGUCCUCCAACUCCUGAACGAAGGUGAUCUUCGUUCGAGGCGGAGCUACGCUUCGAGGAUCUCGAAAAUGUACAUCGGAAGGGUCGACGACUCGUGGACGUUGUUUUUUGGAAUGUUCUUACCUUGGGAACGCGACUGAGGUGUUUGAGCGCCGUUGGGUCGUGUUAAUGGUAGCGAAUUGUAGAUCAAGGUAGUCUCCGAACGAAGGUAGCACCAAACGUUAAUCGCGAAGGUAAGAUUCGAGAAGGAUUUUCUAACGAUUCCUUUUCUAAACGUGGGUAUUUUCGUUGGGAUUUGCUCUCAUGGGAGUCGAAUUGGACUCGGGCAUUGCUUUCGAAGUGACCAAUCGCGAGUUAGGGUUGAUCCUCGUUAAUGUGACGCGAUAGGGGGCACCUUGUGUCUUUUUAUCUCUCUAAACUUUUGUAGUAGCGUUAUACACGGUAGCGUUGGCGUGCCGCGUUUGUACGAUUACUUUUAACCGGGGCGAGUCACGGAGGGGCCUCGCGACUGCUCAGGUAAGUGAACAACACCGUUAUUAAUUCGCCAAAAUCACCGCACUUCCGGGCCCGUGUCCGCGUGACCAAACACCGGCGUUGUGAUUCUCCGUGUCGUGGGCAUUAAAUAAAACCGACAAGACUCAUCUGGGAGGCGAACGACCGCUCACCUUUUACACGUUCUACGCGCGUGCGCGCGCAGCGAGAGGGACGGAUAUCCGGGAACAACGAAAUCUGAACGAACUUUGAUAUUUAAAUACAAUUAUGGAAUUUCGUUUGUCUUCGCCACUCUGUCUGUUUUUUAUCGUACCAAGAAAUGUCUGAGAAAAUUGUUUCUUGUAGACAAGUGUUGCGAUUGACGUUCCUUCCUCGUGAAGGUCAUUUUUCAUUAGAUUUCAAGGAUGCUUUUUGAAAGCGAAUGCGUUUUUAUUGUCGUAAACCUGGUCAAGACAAACGAAGCAUCCAGUACUUGUUAACUGCUCGCGCGACCAUUCUCGCCGCGCGUGUCGCGAUCAUCACGAACAGUAUUAUUCGUCUAAAAUAGAGCUCCUCGACACCGUAGAUAUUUUCUAGAUUUACGCACGACGUUUUGUCUACACGGGAAACAGUGACGAUAACGUUACAUCGAUGUCUCGCCUAAAGUAAUUACAAGAAUGGAAAAAAAAGAAACUAGAAAAGUAACAAAAAAAAAAUAAAAAUGAAAGAAAUUCGCCAGAAGACUCAAAGACGGGAUCUCUCCCUCGUGCAGCUCGCUGCAGUCAAUCACACAAAUAAGAAACACACAUUCCCCCGCGUAAGAAAAACGAACAUACACAGAGGGCGAGCCGAUGGAUUCCAGAAUGCUCAAUUUUGCUCCCGAAUAAAUAAUUCUUAACGACUGAUGAGACUCUGAGGCUGAAUUGUUUUCUCCGCGGCCGUGGACGCCGAAUAAUGGCGUGAUCCACGGUAGAAUUCGUUUUUUCCACGAUCGAUUCCACCCUCGUUCGAGUCGUCACCGUUUUUUCGACGUUUCAUCAUCACCACCCCCCCCCCCCCCCCAAGACUGACAAGCCCUUAUCUCGUUUUUUUUGUAUUCCACGUUUAAGCGUUACGUAUAGAAACAUACACAGGUAUAUAGUACCGAACAGACUCGUACACACACUCACACGUUGUAUUAUUACAAGAAGAAAAAUCGAAACGGAGAGAAGCUCCGUAGCUAGCGUAUUUAUUCGAGUGUUAAUUCGACGAACCUCGCGAUUAGGAAACGAAACUAUACCACGAAGCGGUACCAAAUAUCUAUCUAAUAUAAUAUAUAUUUAAAUACUCUAUGGAGUCUGCUCGAUGGCUCCCCCUAAGUGUAAGGACUCGAGAGGACCUCGAGAGAACGAAAUAAGAUAGUGUAGUUCGACCUGAUCCAAGAUGGCACUGGGUGUCGUAGUAAUAUCGUUGAACAACGCGUAACAUCGUAGCUCCGUUCUUCGAUGAUGGGGCAGGCCUAACCGCGUAGAUAUCGAACCGUAGCGAUACUCGAGUAAUCGUUCGUUUGCUAACGUCGAAGGGGAUGAAGAAGAUGGAAGAAGCCGUAGAAAGGUGUUGGUGCCAUUCGAUACGGUACUCUGUGCACACACACGCGCGAUAGUGAUCUGUAGCGAAACCAAAGAUUGCAUGUAUGUAUAUAGUAUGCCACGAUAUUAAUCGAGAUGGUAGUAAGGGAACAGGGGGGAGGAUAAGGGUGGAGGCGACAGUCUCCACCGUUGGCGAUACAGAGAGCAGAAGAGACAGGUAGACGAGUGGAGCACGAGAUACUGCCAAAUAGCACACCAACGUCACCCUGCGUGGCUAUACGUACAGUGGAUGUAGAAAGAAUUCGUACACCGAUCAGUUUCCAAAAAGACUAUGUGGAAUUAUAAUUUAUUAACUUUUGUUUAUAAACAAUGAUAUUCUACAUCUUCUUGGAAAUCUCUAGAAUCGAUACAGUACAAAAAAAAAUCAGUUAUUCAUAUAAGUUGCGAAAUUAAUAAGAGAGAAACAAUAAAUCGAUAGAAAUAUAGAAGCAAUAAGUAUUCGUACAAUUGUUAAAGUAAAACUUCGUAAAAAAAACGAAAUUUACAUUACUUUAUAAAUACUUAAAUACUUCGUGGGAUUUUCUUUUGAUUUUAUAAUUGCUGCAACUCUUCUAGGCAUUAAAUUAUGUCGAUGUAAUAUAUGUCGAUAUUAUUCGGGGUGGGAUCUUCCUCCAUUCCUUUAUUCGAGCAUUUUUUAAGACAUCUUUACUGGAAAUUUGAUGUUUUCUAAUUCGUACGAAGCAAUAAAUUGAUGUGUUUAUGUUACAAAUUUUACUGUAAAUGGUUCGCCAUAAGAACCGUACGAAUAUUUAUUGCUUCUAUAUUUUUGCCGAUUUGUCGUAUUUUCUUGUUAAUUUCGCAAAGUAUAUAAACUAGUAAUUGUUGUUUAGACUACAUCUAUUCUAGAGAUUUCCGAGAAUAUAUAGAAUAUCAUUGUUUAUAGAAAAGAAGUUAAUAAAUUACAAUUUCAAAUAACAAUUUUUUGGGAAAUUGAUCGAUGUACGAAUACAUUCUACACCCACUGAACACACUUUGUAUUUAUCACGUUUACAAACAGUAGAGGUAGUCAUGUAUACAGAAUUAAGCGUUUAGGGUGUACCAUAAAUGGCGGACGUGGUUCGCAGACAUCGUGAUACAGUAAUUUCGGGGCGUAAUUAAAUGUGUAUCCUCUACGCACCGGUGGGUACUCGCGUAACGCAGCUAUCGUAGAAACUGUAGUUUGACAGUAGGCAGCAUGUUUUCUUCGAUGUGUCGGUAAGUAUGAGCUAAGGAAAUUAUUCGUUCAGCGACGUAUAAGCGGUCCGGAGGAGGAUGGUUGCAAUAGAGCAGAAAGGCUUGCUUGUGGUUGGCUCUUGUUGGUACCGAAUUGGUCUGGUCGAUCGAGAAUCGAUUGCGAGGGUAUCGUUUGGUUGGUCGUUUAUAUAUUAGUGGAAUCGAAAUUGCAGCGAUGGUAAAAGUGUUUGAGAUGCGAUGGCGUUAUCGAUUUACAAGAGUGAGAACGAUGUAGGAAUUUGACUGGGACUUUUAAUGCUCCGGAAUGUCGAGUGCUUUUGCAUCUUGAUACUUGUAGUACUUGGGUACUAUAGUUUUUCUAGUGUUUCGGUAUUUUAUUAGUACCACAGCCACGUGAUCUGAACGCAAUUUAAAAUGUCAAAAUUGGGUCCGUGACACAACUUGCCAGACCAACGUCCAAUCUUCAUUGAAGAAUCAUACGCGAAAUUACAUACGUGUUCACUAAGACAUAACAAAAAUAUACAUCGUACAAUUUCUAGCAUGAAUGUGUCAAACAUUCAUUCACAUUUUCUUUGACUGCAUCUUUUUUUUCUUAAACAAACAGUGCGCAGGAUGGUUUUAAAAAUUCAAACGAGUUUCACUUGCUGGUUGUAGCUUGCAUUUUCUAGAACCACCCCGCACGCUUAAAAGAAACGAAUCGAUGAAUUGUUCUCAUUGCUCGAGCUCACGACUCGACAGCAACAACCAUUUCGUCCAUCAACGAACAAUACGAGUUGCAGCCGAUGCAAUCUCGAAAGUGCCAACAAUGGAGCCCGUUUUAUACUCGGUGCACUCGUUCGAUCCGAUUUUAGGAUCCGCGUAGCCGGAAAGCAUUAUUAUCUGUAAAUAUACCGAGCAGUCGAUAGCUUAAUCUCAUUCCGAGCAUUAUAAACUAACUUCCAAAAGCGUCGAAACGUUUUUCGUUUGUUCGAUCGAGGCGAUAUCGACAAGGAAAUUGUCGCGCGAAGAGUAAUUUAUUUCCAUUUCUGUUUGCAAUAUUCCGCAAUACGAAAGAGGCAUCUAUGUAGCAGUAACAUUUAAGUAUUUAUAUAAACAAUUGCCGAGUAAACGUUAGCUGUAUACACGUACGAUAAUACUGUAGAUUAGUCUGAGUGAUAUCGAAAAUUGGUUUUCGUCACUCAGACCUGCCAAUCGCGCAAAGAAAUUUACUCGCGGACCAAGCGACGACAAAGAAUUACUAAUCGAAAAGAAGAGAUUACAGUAGUUCGUAAAUCGGGUAUGUAGACGUUGUGCACGAAGUCUUCGUACCAACGUGCUUUGUUUCUCGUGAGUAGUAGCGACGAUAACGAUACUCGUGUCGAUAUGUGGAAUACGAGUGGUGCGAGAAGGUGUAUAUGUAAAUAGGUGUAUGGUAAAAUUAGAGUGUUCUGCAGCGAUCACCGUGAAUCAGUUCAGUGGCAACGAUACCAAAGAAACGGUCGAAGCAACUUCCUAAUUGUAUAUUAGACAACUAUGUGUGAUUAAAGUGACAUUACUGAUUA